AUGGAACUGAGACUUCCUCAAUAUACUUAAUUUUUCAUAACAAUCAAUAGUUUGGUGAGUGACAAGGUUAUUAAUAAACAGUAAAAAACUGAAUUAGAAUAAAGCAUUUUAAGAAAAGAGAAAAGCCUAAUGGAGAUUGUUAGCAAAUAUGGGAGUAAAGAUAUGUAAAAUAAAUACAGAGUAUAAAUUUUAGGGAAUAAUAAUUUCGUGAAAGAAUAGUUUAGUACUCUAAUCAUAAAUAAAACGAUACCUUUAUACCUCAUAUCAAAAUUGCAGAAAAAAAUAAAAGUAACAAAUUUAGUGUAAGUGCCAGACAAAUUUAAUUUUAGUAAGAAGAUCCUAUAGUUGAGACCAAUUAAGAUGUAUUACUUGAAUUAAAUAUAAAUAGUCAUUAUCUCCCUUCAUUUUGCAACUGAUUGAAUAGCUUGACACUAUGCUCUCAAUAAAUAUGACAAAUGGAGGACAUUUAAUUCCUACAGAUAUCAAGAAGUUAACCUAAUUAAGGGAUUAAAUUAACAAAUAUUUAGGGAUUCAAAAUUAAUCAGAAUUAGACAAUGAAUCACCUAUAAGGUGUACAAAUAUUAGUGUUUGUGGAAGAGUAAUUUAAGAAUAAUAAGAUGAGAAGUCUGAUUAAAUUGAUACUAGCGUUCAGUUAAAAAGUAAAUAUUAUAUUCAAAUAAUCGAUUAAAUUAAAUAAACUUAUGCUUAAUUAAAAGUAUAAAAAUAAUUAUUAUUAUCUUUUAUAGAGUUUAUUUUUGGGAAGUUUACAUACACAUUAUUUACUAAUGUAAGAGGAAUUAUCAUACAAUAAUUUAGUAAAUGUUGUUAAAUCACUUAUUAAAGAAUUAACUGAUUCGGAUGAUAUAUACUUUCUGAUUAAAAGAAAUGAAGAGUGGGAUUUCUAUUCUACAGAAAAAGAUUCAAUAAAAUAGAUUGAAAAAGAUAAACAAUAAGUAUUCUUCUUAAAUUUUUCACAUCUUAAACCUAAUAUUGUUUAUAAUUUUUAGAAUAAUGAAAAUUAAACUAAGCUAUUAGAAUAAGUAUUGGAUUUGAAUUCUUAAUUUACUGAAUUAUCAAUAAUAAGAUUCAUCAAUUAAAAUAAAUAAGAGACAUUUUUUUUCUUUUAUUGGAAUAAACCAGGAAGAAAUAAGUUAUUUAGAAGAUUUAUAAAGUACAAUAUUUUAUAUUAUUUAAAAUAGUGAAGCUAACGAAUACAGAUUCAAAGAUGAAGUCUUAUCCUUAACAAAUUUCUUGAUUGAUGUGAUUUUAUAAGCCAGAGUUCAAUAUUUUAAUCCAGUCUAAUUUGCAGAUUAGAUUUUGGAUAUAGUUUUAAGUUUUGUAGAGUCAUCACAAUAUAUCCUAUUUGAUGAAAUAUUUAGAGCUUUAAAUCCUCAUUUUCAAAUUAAGAAAGAUUAUAUAUACUCUGGGGAUGAAAUAUAGGAAGUAUAAAUGAAUUCUGUAAGAAUUGAAAUGAAAUGUAGGAAUCCUAUUGCUUUAAUUUUGGAAGAGUUUUAUCUUAAUAGAUAGGAUCAUUAGUACAUUUAUACAGAAAUAUAUAAUUUGAAAUCUAAAUAUUAGAGACAUUUGAGAUUGUGUCAUGAGAAAAUAGCAUAUUAUAAAUACUUUUUAAGAUCUACAGAUACAAUUCUAUUUGAUUUUGAUAAAAAUGGCAGACUUAUAUUUUUGAAUCACUAUAUUUGGGAGACUCUCAAAUAGAAAUAUAAUAUUUAAUUUUCUUUAGAUAAAAGGACUCCACAUUACAAAGAGUUAUUUACAGAUGAAAGAAUUUUAAAGUAUAUAGAUUUGGAUGAAUUUAUGAUGAAAAAGAAAAAUGAAUACAUUUAAAAUGAAGAUUUUGAAAUAUUUUUGAAGGUGGUUGAUUAAGUUUAUAAAGGAUUUGUGAUAAUAUUUCAUCUUUAAGAAGGAUCAAGAAUGACAGAUUACAUAAAGAAUUUAAAAAACGAAGAAUCAUUGGAAGAUGAAAUCAAAUAAUCAAUUCAACGUUCAUAUAACAAACAUUAAACAUUUAAAUUCAUUUCUUAAUUACAAAAAUCCAAUCCAAAUGUUAAAAAUUCAUAUAUUUCAUUAUUUAUACCAGAAGAGUAAUCUUUAGAUAAUUAAGAACAAUAUUAUUAAUCAAAUAAUUCAUUAUAAUCAUGUAAAACCAGAAAGCCUAGAUUGAGUAUUCAAAUGUUGGGUAAAACAAUCAAAGCAUUUCAUUACUAAGCAUCUAAAUUACGUAUAAAAUCAAUAGAAUCAGCAUUGGAAAUAGAAGAGGAUGAUGAUUUGGAUACAUUAUAUGAAGACAAAACAAUAGAUAAAUUUGAAUUUAAUAUUUUCUCUGUAAUUAUUUACAUUUAUUGAUUAAUAGUAUAAGGACAACAUGAAAGCAAAGUUAGUGUAUCAUAUUAUUAAGAAAAAUGAAUGGAUUGAUAAUUACGAUAUAAAUGAAGAUGUUCUGAUGAAAUUUAUUAAAGAAGUUGAAAGAAAAUAUAACAAAAGGAAGAAUCCUUUUCAUAAUUUUGAUCAUGGUAUUACUGUAAUGCACAGUUGUAAUUUUUUAUGUUCUUUGCCAAAAGCACAUGAAUAUAUAAGUGAGAUUGUGUAUUUUGCAACAGUGAUAUCUGGAUUAUGUCAUGAUAUUUCACAUACAGGAAGGACGAAUCAGUUUGAAAUCAAUAGCAAAAGCAAAUUGGCUACAAGAUACUUAGAUAAGAGUGUAAUUUAUUUGAUUUAUUUUGUUAGCCUUUGGAAAAUCAUCAUGCAGCUGUCACUUUGAGAUUAUUGAAUUAGGAUAAUUAUAAUAUAUUAUCAGGAUUAAGUGUUGAAGAUUUGUCUAUUUUCAGAUAGACAUUAGUUGAAAACAUUCUAUUCACAGAUAUUAAAUAACAUUUUGGUUUAAUUAAGGAUUUUGAGUAAAGAGUGAAAGAAAGUAAAGAUAAUUAGGAUAGGAUGUUUGGUUAAAUGGAUGGUGAUGUAAAAUUGUUUACAGGAAUGAUUAUUCAUACUUCAGAUUUUAGUGGUGCUGCAAAAGUAUUUGAAUUAUCGAAAGCUUGGACAGAGAAAGUUAACAUGGAAUUUAAAGCCUAAUUCGAUGAGGAAGGAACUCGUAAGAUUACUUAAACACCAUUUAUGAAAGACUUAGACUAAUAAGAAAUAAUGGCUAAAAAUGAAAUGGGAUUUUUUAAAGUUAUUGUUAGACCGUUAUGGGCUAGUUUAAAUGAAUUUUAUGUAUUUAAUGUAUAUUCAACAUUAAUAGGAUAAACAACUGCAGAAUGUUAUUGAUAAUGUAGAGAACACAAUAAUUAAUUGGGAGAAGAUAUAUCAUACAUACAAUAAACAAGAGAAAUAAGAUUGA